CAAGAGCCUUGGCCGCUGGGGCUGCGGGAUGCUAGCGCUGUACCAGCAGCAGAACGGCGCGGACGCGGAUCGCUCGCCCGCCAGCGGUGGACCCUUCGGAACUGAGUGAGCCUACCUGCCCCGUCACAUACGCUCCCCGCCAUGGCUCCUGGAGAGAAGAUCAAAGCCAAAAUCAAGAAGAAUCUGCCCGUGACGGGACCCCAGGCGCCCACCAUCAAGGAGCUGAUGCGGUGGUACUGUCUCAACACCAACACGCACGGCUGCCGGCGCAUCGUGGUGUCGCGGGGUCGGCUCCGGCGCCUGCUCUGGAUUCUGUUCACCCUGACGGCCGUGGCCCUCAUUUUCUGGCAGUGUGCCCUCCUCAUCUUAUCCUUCUACACGGUCUCCGUCUCCAUCAAGGUCCACUUCCAGAAGCUAGAUUUUCCCGCCGUCACCAUCUGCAACAUCAAUCCUUACAAGUAUAGUGCUGUGCGGGACCUUCUAGCAGAGCUGGAGCAAGAGACCAGAGGGGCCUUGAAGACCCUGUAUGGCUUUUCAGAGAUCACGUCGAGGAAACGCCGAGAGGAUGAGUCCCAGAAUUCAGCCUGGGAGGGCACAGGGUCCAAAUUCCUCAACCUGAUCCCCCUGCUGGUCUUCAGUCAAGGUGAGACGGGCAAGGCCAGGGAUUUCCUCACCGGACGGAAGCGGAAAGUCAGCGGGAGCAUCAUUCACAAGGCCUCAGACGUCAUGCAUGUCCACGAUUCCAAGGAGUUGGUGGGAUUCCAGCUGUGUGCAAAUGACACCUCCAACUGUGCGGUCUACACCUUCAGCUCGGGGGUCAAUGCCAUCCAGGAGUGGUAUAAGCUGCACUACAUGAACAUCAUGGCCCAGGUGCCUCUGGAGAAGAAAAUCAACAUGAGCUACUCUGCUGAGGAGCUGCUGGUUACCUGCUUCUUUGAUGGGGUGUCCUGCGAUGCCAGGAACUUCACGCUUUUCCACCACCCAAUGUAUGGAAAUUGCUACACGUUCAACAAUAGAGAAAAUGAGACCACUCUCAGCACCUCCAUGGGGGGCAGUGAAUAUGGGUUGCAGGUCAUCCUGUACGUAAACGAAGAAGAGUAUAACCCCUUCCUGGUGUCCUCCACGGGGGCUAAGGUGAUUGUCCAUCGGCAGGAUGAAUACCCCUUCAUCGAGGACGUGGGGACGGAGAUCGAGACGGCCAUGGCCACCUCCAUAGGGAUGCACCUGACGGAGUCCUUCAAGCUGGGCGAACCCUACAGCCAGUGCACAGAGGAUGGGAGCGACGUGCCCGUUGAGAACAUCUACGGCGCUGCCUACUCCCUGCAGAUCUGCCUUAACUCAUGCUUCCAGGCCAAGAUGGUGGAGAAAUGUGGGUGCGCCCAGUACAGCAAGCCUCUGCCUCCGCCAGCCAACUACUGCAAUUACCAGCAGCACCCCAACUGGAUGUACUGCUACUACCAGCUGUCCCAGGCCUUUGUCCGGGAAGAGCUGGGUUGCCAGUCCGUGUGCAAGGAAGCCUGCAGCUUCAAGGAGUGGACACUGACCACCAGCCUUGCGCAAUGGCCAUCAGAGGUUUCCGAGAAAUGGUUGCUGUCUGUUCUCACUUGGGACCAAGGCCAGCAAAUAAAGAAAAAACUCAACAAGACAGACUUGGCCAAACUGUUGAUAUUCUACAAGGACCUGAACCAGAGAUCCAUCAUGGAGAGCCCUGCCAACAGCAUCGAGAUGCUUCUGUCCAACAUCGGGGGUCAGCUGGGCCUGUGGAUGAGCUGCUCCGUCGUCUGCGUCAUUGAAAUCAUUGAGGUCUUCUUCAUCGACUCCCUCUCCAUCAUUGCCCGCCACCAGUGGCACAAAGCCAAGGGGUGGUGGGCCCGGAGACAGGCGCCCCCCUGCCCAGAGGCUCCCCCGAGCCCUCAGGGCCGGGACAACCCAGCCCUCAACAUAGACGAUGACCUGCCCACUUUUACCUCUGCCUUGCGCCUGCCUCCAGCCCCGGCGGCCCAGGUGCCCGGCACGCCGCCCCCCAGAUACAACACCCUGCGCUUGGAGAGGGCUUUCUCCAGCCAGCUCUCAGACACCCAGGUGCCCGCCGAGUCCUGAGGCAGGGGUGGGGAAGAAAGAUCGAGCCAGGACCACCAGCCAUGGUCUGAGAACUUGGACCCUUGUCUCCCGCACGCAGAAGGGACCCUCUGCAUCCUGCCUCUGGGGUUUUCAAAGACACUGGCUCCAAAUCUGCUUUGAACAAGAAGAUGGGGCCCGGGCAUGUGCAGGGGGCUGUUGGACCCUGCCCAGCAACACUCAAAGCCGCCCAGGACAAGAUCAGUCCCGCGGCCCAAACACUCAGCAUCUCUGCCAUGCAGAGAGAGAGAUGGGGCCAAGGAAACCGAGCCGGCCUGCACAGAGGCCGGGAGUGAAGCCCGACAGCGUUCUUCUCGAGAUCUUGAGAAAGAAAGACUCCUCCGAAGCCCCAAGCUGGGGGGUUUCAGCCACUUCCCCAGGCCGGGCUGGGACCCAAGGAUGUGACCUUAGGUAUCGAGGCCAAAAGACCACCGCCCGGUGUCAAGGAUGGGAGGAAGGAAGCUCCAGGCCUGGGGCUGGAGCCAUCUGGGAAUACACUGUUCCUAAGUCAUUGACCCCGGGGCAAGGUCUGCUCUGUGCCCCCAGGUGGGGAGCUGGCCCAAGGUCCUCGGAGUGGUGUAGAGCAAAGGGGUGCACUUUGGGAGGCCUGGGGUGUGGCUGGAGGUCCUCCCUCUGGGCUGGCUGGGGAGCAACAUUCUGGGCAGCUAAACCAGUGCCCUUGGCCCCUUCCCCAAGCAGAGAAGGGCCAUUUCAAGGACACUGUGGGACCUGCCUGUCCAGUGUUAGCCCAAGGCAUAAUGGAUUAUUUCCUGAUAACCCACCUCAGCUGCUUCUCCCCCAAAGCAGACCCUGUAAGCCCCCCCAGAGGGCUGCCCCACACCAACAAGCCAGCCACCGCAGACAACCGCUUCCUGCCGCAUUCACAUCUUCCAAGAGGACACGAACUAACGUGUAUCGAGCCCCAAACAGGUGCUCCAUGUCGCCUCCAGAGCAGUGUGCCGUGCUGUUCUAAGCACUUGCAGAGAUUGGCAUAGGGGACUGCCACCUGCAGCCCACAGGCCAAAUCCUGGUUUCACCUGUGACCCAAGAAAGGGUUAGGUGUUUAUUUUUCAUAUCAUUAAAAAUAUCAAAAGAACAUUUUGUGACAUGACCAUUGUAUGCAAUUCAAACUUCAGUGUCCAUAAUAAAGUUUUAUGGGACACAAA